GCCAUGUGGGUGUUCGGCUACGGCUCCCUCAUCUGGAAGGUGGAUUUCCCCUACGAGGAGAAGAUGGUGGGGCGCAUCCUGGGCUACAGCCGCCGGUUCUGGCAGGGCAGCACCGACCACCGCGGCGUGCCGGGCAAGCCUGGAAGAGUUGUGACUCUGGUUGAAGAUCCUGAGGGGAGCGUAUGGGGUGUUGCUUACAGAUUGCCAGCUGGACAAGAAUGUGAAGUAAAGGCAUACCUGGACUUCAGAGAGAAAGGAGGCUACAGGACUACAACUGUCAUUUUCUAUCCAAAAGACUCAUCAGUAAAACCCUUUGAUGUAUUGUUAUACAUCGGAACUUGUGACAACCCUAACUACCUUGGUCCGGCACCUCUGGAAGAGAUUGCUGAACAGAUUUUUAAUGCAGUUGGUCCUAGUGGAAGAAACACAGAAUACCUGUUUGAACUCGCUAAUUCUAUCAGAAAUCUCGUACCGGAAGACGUAGAUGAGCAUCUCUUCUCGUUAGAGAAACUGGUAAAGGAACUCUUAGAAAAACAUCAAAACCUAAAUUGUCUAUAAAAUAACUUCGUCCUUUCAAUGAUCUUGCUUCAUCUUCAGAGGAACGGUUUCGUUGCACAGUGGGUAUAUGACUUGCAGGCAUGUUUCUCUGUACUAUGCUAUCUUAUUUAUUUUAAUAUUGCAUUCAAAAUAGUAGUUGGUCAUUAAGACAUACUGUAAGAAAAAUCAUUCUUUCAGGAGUCUACAGAAAGGGGAGCAGAGGAAGUGUUUUAGGUUUGAAUUUGGUGUACUGGGUUUUUAUCCAAAGAUUACAGCUUUGUGAAAAUAUCGAGAGAGCCACUUAAGUUUCUCUUUGUUUGAAGAUUUUUUUUAAAUUAUUAUUAUUUCAGGUUUAAAAUACAUCUUUAGAAUAUUUUUAGAGAUCAAAAUCUGCAGAUACAAGUCCCAUUGAUUUAAGCAAAGGUUCUUUCUGAUUCAAGACCACGGGUGCAGAGCUCAGUGCAGCUAAAGAGAAAUGUUCAGUAGUUGUUGUAAAUGGCAUAGUAUAACAUUUAUAUCAUCAACAUUCAACUUCACUGAAAUUAAGUUAUUCCACUGACUUAGUCAUCUUACCCUUUAUAUAUCAGUUUGCCCUUAAACACAGAGGAUAAACCGUUUCAUUGUCAAGGAAGUAGUUCCUUCCCUUGGCUCAUGGUGUCAAGCCCCUGAAAACCAAGGCACAGGGUACUUUGACAAGCCAUAACGUACUAGUGCCUUGUUUUAUGUUUUUCAAGACUAAUAUAAAGAAUAAAGCCAAAAUGUUAAAAUUAACUGAGAGCAUGACUUGAAGCUGCAACGCAGCAAGAAUGAUCAGAAACUCUCAUCUUUGUUAUUUGCCUUUGGAUGCUGUUGUAACGCCAUCUCUUAAAAAAUUCACCAAUCUUUAAGGAUAGAUUUUAAGCCAGUAAUUUUCAACGACUGUUUCAGGGAUUCAUGGACAAAAGGUAAUUAAGAAAGGAACCCUCUUUCCAGUAAAUUACACGUGUUGUAUGGACAUUCAAACAAAGAGCAUUAGAAAGCCAGCAGUUUAGGCUAGUAGGCUUACUUUGUGCAAGACAUAAGCAAAUGGAGUUUCCAUCCCAACAAGGACUUGUCUUGCUUUUCAAAAAUUUAAGUAUAUUUUUGUAUGUUAAUACAGGAAAGGUCCUAUUUCAAACACCGCAUAACAUCACAUUUUCUCAUAUGGAGAAUGUAUAAGUAUUUAGUAGUAGCUUGGAAGCCUGCAUUUUGCAUCAGUAAUUGCAAAAACCUUAUGUUUCUACUACCUAGGAUGUCCCUUUCUCUUCUUUACAUUGUCCUGGUUUAUAUUUGUAAUUGCUUGAAAAUAUCAAGGUAUCAAAAUAACAAGCUGCUGUUAUUUUACUUGGCUACCUACAAAAGCCAACAAGAGCAUAAAUGAAUGUUAAUAGGACACACGUGAGGAAGGCAGCUAGAUGAGUAGAAAAUAGGAUAUUAGGCUUAAAACCUAACUUUGAGAUAAUCAGACCACUUAAAAUAUUUAACCAAGAAAGCUGUAUUUUUUACAUACCAGAUUAUAAUUUUAGUCUGCCUCUGGUAUCUCUCAAUCAUUGAUUCAUCAAGGGAAAAAAAAAAAGUCUAUUAGUUUUUAGAAGCUACAGUUUACUAUUAAUAGUUGAAUGCCACUAUUUUAAGAGUACGUGAUGGGGUAUCACCUGAUAGACUACUCUAAACUGCAGAAGCAAAUCCUCUGAUCAUAUUAGCAAAAUAAGCAUAUGUACCGAGGCCCCAUUUUUCCAUUAGUACAAACAAAUUACUUGCAAACUGAUGAAAUAUCCUUCAAAUGUCUUAAUUCUCCACUGCACUGUGCUGGUUUAUGAUUGACAUAACUGAGGGGAAAAGUAACCCCAACUAAUUCAGUGGUACAGCGGGAGAGGCGUAUGAUCAGAACUUCCAGGUGUCUGCACGUAAUGACAGUCAUUAAGAUGCCCAAAGCUGGAGCCGAGUAACUUCACACAUCACGGAUGGACAGUGAUAACGAUCACCCAAAUCAACAUUAACAAACAUGCUCCAUUGCGCAUGCAUUUAUUCAUCUUGACUUAAAGAGUAACUCUUCAGUGUUACUGGAUACUGAACUGUUACUAAAAAUGUUAUGUAUGAUUUAUUUCAAGAAUAUUUAAGUGUUGAAAAGAGUCAUACCCUCAAAAAACCCCAACCAACAACAGCACUUCCUUUCUUCUCCUUACUUCCGAUUUAAGCAAGCUGUAGUAAAGUGAAAACAUGUACAAUGGCAUGUCCACUCUAUGCAUAUGUUUUAAAAUUCUUUCCUCAAAGACUUAUUCUUGUUCCUUAAAACAAGGCAAGGGAUUGUUACACUCACUAAUGAUCCAAAAACAUCAGUGAUGAUUCCUUCUUUAAUUAUUUAAGCACUGUGUCGGGGCAUUGUGAUUAUGUAUGGCUCUACAUUUUAUAUCUUUAAUUAUAUUCAGGACAUUGUUGGUUCACUCACUUUCCAGAUUCAUAAAACCUGCAAUAAUAUAUGUAACGAUACAUUCCAGUUUGUGCAUAAAACUUCAGUACAAUAAAAAUGCAUCACAUUUAGUAAUGGUGUUGGAGAAGAACAUUUCUGGAAAUUUCAUGUUUAUUUAAAUUGUAUCCGUAUUAGGAUGGACAUCAACGUCUGUCUUAAUUCAUCUUGUUAUAAAAUGCUGUUAGAUCUAAGGAUGAAAAACAAUAUACAAGAGCUAGCUACUAUUAUGCAGUCUUAAACUGCGUCAACAUUAGGAAUUAAAGUGCUGGAAAUACACAUUUGUUCUUGCUGUAUGGGAUUUGAGCCACGACUCUUCCUACAGCUUCAAUCACCAACGAAAGCCCAGUAUGCUUUCAGAUCUGUUACUCACCACAAGAAAUUUAACAUACACUUUUUGUAUGCCAUACGUGCUUAAUUUUUCCUUUCCUACUGGUUAGAACUAAAUCUAAAAUUGUGACAAAUUAUAGAGAUUUUAGACAUGCUUUCAUUAUAGAACCACAGACAUGAAGCUACCUCUAAACUUGUUUCCAAACAGUGUUUGAAGAAACAAUAGUCAUAUCCAUGUGGUCAGAUUUUACUCCCUGGGAUCCACAGACUCAAAUCACUGAGCAGUCAGCGUGGAGCUCUGUCCUGCCAAGCAUGAAGCGAGCAGUAUGUAGUAGUGUGUAACGACGGUCUUCCCUUGUGUGACUGUACAGUAACGUUUCUAAGGCCAUCUGUAGGAAAAGGAACUUGCCCAACAGUUGGUCAAGUGCCUGUGAUGCUGAAAGGGAUUAUCUUUGAGCAGUACAUAAGCUGAUAUAUCUGUAAAUUAUUUUGGAAUCUCUCAAAUAAAAGUCCUAUAUUAAUUUAAGUUAAAGGAAAAAAAAGUAAGGUUUGUACAAAGACUGCAGUGAGACAGUUUGAUUUGAUUGUGUUAUAAUGUGAAUUGAAAUAAAGCAGAUACUAAAAAGUAGCUUAUGUACUAUCUGCUGUUCCUUAGUACGAUCAAUUAACCACUUGAUAGCAACAGUCAUUAAAUAUGCAAUCAUCUUCUGUGACUGUAUGAAUCUAUAACCUGAAUAUGCAACAUUUUACUUUUUCUUUUGUCUAGCUUUUGAUAGUAAGUACACUUCAUAACCAUUUUGACUGCCACUGACAAAAUGAAUGUAUUAUCUGAUUAAAUCAUGAAACUUC